UCUACAUGACUUGUUACUUCUUCAAGCGUGCAUAAACAUCGUUUAUGGACUCUUGCUUCAACUUGUUCAAGGCAUUUUACUCCUGCUGUUGCAUUCUUUUCUGUAGCUAUCAUCAUGAGCUCGGGCCCAACUUGCCCAAGUCAACACAUGUGCCCGGUGUGCAGGGAAUUUAUAUACAAACCCGUGUCCCUGCCAUGCCAUCACAAAAUUUGCGAAUCUUGUUUUGACCUUAUUGUGGAGAAGUCAAAUGUCUCAUGCCCAAUAUGCCGCGCACGCCUCUCCAAUUGGGUGAGGCGAACUCCAAGACAUCAGGUGGUGGACGUCUCGUACCACGAGUUCCUGUCCGCGAAUUUCUCCGCGGAGUAUGCCCGUCGGGAGAAGGAUGAGUCAGUACUUGAUGUUGAGGUGCCGUUGCCGGUGGUGUCGCCAGCGGGUGAGGUCAGAGCAGAAUAUGAAGCUAUGGUUGAACAGGGGGCUGAAAAGAGAAAGCAGAGGGAUGAGAUGGAGCUUGCCGACCUGCGACUUGCAAAGAGGAUUUACGACGAAGAGUCAGAGGAGCAUAAUCGGCACUUGCGUGCCGCUCACCAGCAAGUGGUUGAUGACGAAUCGCUGGCUCGAAGCCUACACGUUAAGCUGCAACGGAAAUCUCCACACAGGAAAAACUCCCAAAGAAAAAUAGUGGAUUUCUUGUCUCCCGCGGCAGCCUGCGUGUCCAUGGCUAGCGGUUUAACACCAUGUACAUCAGGAGUGAAAGUAGGGUCGACCUCUGCCAGCUCAUUACCACCGCUGCCGUUAAUGCCAUGCACAUCAGGAGUGAAAGUAGGCUCGACCUCUGCCAGCUCAUUACCACCGCUGCCGUUAACACCAUGUACAUCAGGAGUGAAAGUAGGGUCGACCUCUGCCAGCUCAUUACCACCGCUGCCGUUAACACCAUGUACAUCAGGAGUGAAAGUGGGCUCGACCUCUGCCAGCUCAUUACCACCGCUGCUGUUAACACCAUGCGCAUCACGAGUGGAAGUAGGGUCGACCUCUUCCAGCUCAUUACCACCGCUGCCGUUAACACCAUGUACAUCAGGAGUGAAAGUAGGGUCGACCUCUGCCAGCUCAUUACCACCGCUGCCGUUAACACCAUGUACAUCAGGAGUGAAAGUAGGCUCGACCUCUGCCAGCUCAUUACCACCGCUGCCGUUAACACCAUGUACAUCAGGAGUGAAAGUAGGGUCGACCUCUGCCAGCUCAUUACCACCGCUGCCGUGUCUGCCCAGUGUAAGGUCUACAUCUACACAACAGCCAGCUAGAAUAGAAACGUGUUCUGUUUCUUGCAUUUCAAGUCCACCCGAGGUAUGGUCCCCACCUUCAACUGAAAUGGAUACACGUUCCGCUUCUUCGGCAACUAGCAUCUCAGCUAUCUCAACUAGCUCAAGUACACUGCUACCAGGUCUGCCUGAAGCGGAGUCAGCUGGCAUUGGAGCACAUUCUGCGUCCACCAGUACUGCAUGUUCGGCUUCUGCUGGGUCGUUGCCACCGCUGCUACAUGCAAGUCCACCGGAGGUAUGGUCCCCACCUUCAACUGAAAUGGAUACGCGUUCCGCUUCUUCGGCAACUAGCAUCUCAGCUAUCUCAACUAGCUCAAGUACACUGCUACCAGGUCUGCCUGAAGCGGAGUCAGCUGGCAUUGGAGCACAUUCUGCGUCCACCAGUACUGCAUGUUCGGCUUCUGCUGGGUCGUUGCCACCGCUGCUACAUGCAAUUGAGGCUCAAAUUGAAGCUGACCGCAGGCUUGCGCUACGGCUUUCUACCCCUAUCCGUCCCAAGGUCCAGCAACCCAAGAAGAAACCUAAUACUAUCAAAAAUUAUUUCCACGCCAAAUGAGUAGCAUCGGUGUGGUUGUGUUGAUGCUAUGAAUUACAGGUAGACUCUUUUUGAUUUGAGCCUCGAUCUUCUGGGCUCCAAUUUCGAACUAUGUGGAACUUGAUACUUACUCCUUGCACCUUGAA